AUACAAAGGAAAUGAUCUGCUGUGAACGUCAGAGCCUGAAUGGUGUAUAAAUCUGAUACCCACGCUGGGUGUAUUAGAUCAAGCUAGGCGACAAAGCAGCAUGAGCGUGGAUGGAACCAGGGAAACAACUCCAUGGGUUUACAGCAACAUUGUCAAGAGACGAGAGAAGACAGCAGCUCUGCGAAAGGAAUUCAGAAGGCGUCAGUUUAAGGACUGUCAACUACUUCAAGGGGAAAAAAUACUGCAGCAUUCAGAACAGAGAGCAACUGUUCAGAUUUUAGAAGAUGACUCUCAACACACAAAGAGGAAGCAAGGCAGCUUUACGAAGGAGAGCCAGUACACCCGUUCCCAUCUCACAUCAAUCACGUCCAGGAACUUGUGGAAUUAGGGCUGCACCUGGAGAAAAACACCCCCCACUUGGACAAUCUUCUUCUUACAGUGUUGGCGACAGACAUCCAGAUACUCAGGGUAGCUGGUCAUCUGACUCAACAGACUCUGACAGCUCUUUGGAAUGUUUGUAUAGAGUAGUUCUGCUUGGUGACUCAAGAGUUGGAAAAUCUACCAUAGCAAACAUUUUUGCUGGGACUCAAGAAAGGGAUGGCUUUGAACACCCCCAAGGAGAGAACUCCUAUGAAAAAUCCCUGACAGUGGAUGGUGAAGAUGCUACUCUUAUAAUGAUGGAUACAUGGGAAAUGGAAAAAAAGGGUGAAGAAAACUGGCUGCAGGAUUACUGCAUGCAGGUCGGAAAUGCAUACAUCAUUGUAUAUUCCAUCACAGACAGGGCGAGUUUUGAGAGUGCUUCUGAACUGCGAAUCCAGCUUCGCCGAACCAGACAGGCAGAGAACAUUCCCAUUAUACUGGUGGGCAACAAAAGUGAUUUGGUCCGCUGCCGGGAAGUGUCUGUAGAAGAGGGCCGAGCUUGUGCUGUUGUGUUUGACUGCAAGUUCAUUGAAACCUCAGCUGCCUUAAAUCACAAUGUAUCAGAACUGUUUGAAGGUAUUGUUCGGCAAAUCCGCCUGCGUAGGGACAGUAAGGAGAUAAAUCAAAGACGAAGAUCUAUCUAUAAACGUAAAGAAAGUUUGACCACCAAGGCUCGACGAUUCUUAGACAGACUAGUGGCAAAGAACAAUAAGAAAAUGGCCUUAAAAGUUCGAUCGAAAUCUUGUCAUGACUUGUCCGUACUUUAAACCAUCUUGUUAUUAGAAAUGAAAAAACUUAAAACUACAGGGCUUUGUUAAUGUACACCAGACUACAGAAAAUUCAACCCAGAGAUAAAUUUGCAGCCAUAUGAUACUCAAAAAUGAUACUCAUCUUAGUAAAAAAUUGAAUUCAGUAAGUGAGGACUACAAUAAUGAAUGGAUUGCAUUAUUUGUGUGACUAAUAAACAAUGUUAAAAUGUUCUGUAUCCACUGGUUACUGAAGAACAAGUUAUCAGAAAAAUGAUAAUUAGCAAUGGAAUAUGACAACAAAUCAGGACAUUUUUCCUUUUUCUUCUGGAUAUUACACUCCACUUUUUUGUUGUUCUACAUGCUUGGCAUACAAAGGCUCUGCUUAUUUGGAACAUGACAACUUUUUACUGCUCUGGAACUGUGACCAUCCAAAUGUAUCUCUCUA